AUGGCAACCAGAAAAUUAGUAAUUGUGACAAUUUUUUGUCAAUUAUUAAUUUUAUUAUUGGGCUCGACAGUUUCAAUUGAUGCAGCAGCGAUUAAACAAGCAGUACCAGAUACAACAACAGAUAGCUUAUCAACAUCACUAAAUGCCACAGAGACAGCCACAACUAUUGACAAUAAAAAAGUUCCAAAAGUUACUGAAACUGCCAUAAAACCUAAUACUAAAGGAAAAAAAAAACCUAAUAAAAAUGCUCCUGUUCCAAUUAGAACUUCCACUUCUGCUUUAACUCCUACUCCUGCUGUCAACACCACAGGAACAUCCACACAAAUUGCAGUAAUUAACACUAGUACUACUAUUAUUAGCAGCAGUACCGGAAAGCUUCCUAAAUCCAAGUCUACUAGCACUCUAGCAGCAUCUACCUCCAAAUUAUCUACUGAUGCUACCUCAAGUGUCGACGUAUCAACUCGAACAGUAGUUGAAAAGAAUCCAUCUUAUGUUACUGAUGUCAAUGUUGUUGUAGUUAAAAAACCAGGAGACGGGGGAAACCAAGAACAAUAUUCAGAAGACAAUUUCAACGGUGGAUCAAGAAAAACUGUGUAUACUACUGGACUUAUGACUGCUCUUUCGGUUGUUAUCGUUUCUUUAGUAUUUGUUUUGUAA